AUGCCUCGUGCGAAGCCUUCAGCUAAAGUUGGUCCGCCUUGUGAUGUGCAGCACAUCUACAGGGAGUGGAAGGCAUCGGCUGGGGUCAGGAAUGUGGCUGUGAAGCGGGACAGGAUCUUUGAGUCUAGCGUGGGUGAUGAUUCGGGUAUCAAAUUUGUCAUCAAAGAUGCGGCUCACAAUGAGCUUGUUUUGAUCCCCAUUCUCAAGAGAAUGGCAGCUACUCCGCAGCAUCGUCUCCCCAAUGUGAAAGAUUUGGCCAGGGAGAUCCGACUCUUUCGAACCAAGAUGUCAUUGGUAGUCCAGCGGGACAAGCUGAAGCUUGAUGCCUGGACAUGCAAAUCCAUGUGCAGUUUCGUGAAGAUGAAGACCCAUAAACGGCUGGGCUCUGUUGACAUUCAGUUCUUGAAGCUGCAGCGCAUCUUGGACCCAUCGAUCCAGGAGUCGGAUGAUGAAGAGGAAGAUUCAUGGUUUGAUACCAUGAUUGAGCGAAAGCUCAGUGAGGUUUCUGAUGUUACUCCCACUGAACUGGAUCCCGACUCCCAGACACUGGCCUUUGAUUCCCAGAAGAUCCCCAUGAUUGACCUGGAAGUGCCUGACAGCCAGCCUGACUUGUCGCCUGUCAAGAUGGGUUCUCAUACCAACCUGCGACCUGUUGCCCGCCCACUGAAGGUUUCUGAGGAACCUAUGUUGCCUGAGAGCCCAGGGAAGAAGAACGCAUGGUUGGAGGACUGUGAGGACAUCAAACAGCAUGCCCGAGAGAGCGCAGCCAGGACACGUCGCAUCGAAGCUUUGAAAGCCAAGAUUGCCGAGCUGGAGUUGGAAGAGAUUGGCUUGUCGAGGUCUAUGCCUGCGGAAAAGUCUGCAGGGUCCAGUGCAGGGUCUGAUGAGUUGUGGGUGGUGCCUGAUGAUACCUUGCCCUAUGGAAGUGAUGUUGAUCAAACCCUAGCACUAGAACAUGGAGAUGAAAUCCCGGUUGGUGUGGGUCUUCUUCUUCAAAAGGAAUCGGAGAUGGUUGACAUGGAGAACAAAGAGCCAACUGAUGUGCCAAAGGCUCCCCGGAAACUUUGUCACAAGAACACACUUGACAUUGAGGAUGAUGAUUUGAAAGCAAUUGAGAGGGAGCUUGAAGAGAUAUCGGAUGGCAAGGUGCUCACGCGCAGAGAUCAGCUGGCUGCAAAGGCCAAAGAGAAGGAGGAGAAGGAUCAGAACCAGGGUCCGAGUCGAGGUGGUGGGCGUGGACGUGGGCGUGGCAGGGGAAGGGGCCGAGCAAAGUCAAAGUCGGCAGCCAAAUCUGUGGAGCCCCCUGAGAUCCCUGAGCAUGUUCCCGAGAAGGCUUCAUCUUCCAAGAGGGCAAUCAUGUCCACUCCAGAGCGCAAGAAACUUUUUGAUGACUCUGAUUGUGGCAUGGAUGGCACCCCUUUCAAGGAGGAAACCCCAUCUAAGACAGAGCCAUCGCCAGUCAAACCCAGGAAAGCCAAGAGAGCCAAACGUUCAGUAAAGACACCCCAGAAGGCAGAACCUGAACCUCCAGUGCCCAUGCCUGAGGUGGGUGCUGAUGCACCCAACGGGGAUGAGAAUGGCAAGAACGACAGCAGGCAGAAGAAGCCCAAGACCAAGCCCGCUAAGGAGCCUGUUGUGCCCAAGACCAAGACCGCUAAGGAGCCUGUUGUGCCUACGGACAGCCAGAAAGCCGAAGCCGCCCAGGUGUUGAUAGAAGCCAAGCUUGACCCUGCAGCCGUGCACCACCUGACCAAACUCUUUGCGGGAACCCAGCUUGAGGAAAGACCCAAGACCCAAAGAAUGACCUAUUGGGGAUUCAGCCUGUACUAUGAGGGGAAGCGUGUUGGGUUGCUUCAGAAGAAGCAGGAGAAGGGUGCCAAGAAGCAUGUGAUGACAUUCUCUGGGGGCCCAUCAUGCACUCACAUCGGCAUUCCUUUGGUCGAUUACGCUGGUGGUGACAAAUGCGGUGACAAAUGCCAAGACUUGGAGUCGAAGGACAUCCUGGACUACAAAAAUGCAUUGGAUGAUCUUAUCAAGGCAGUUUCAGUCAAGAUUGAUGCCAGCCACCAAGCGGAAAGCCUGGCAGUGCUGAUGACGCUCGUUCUACUGAUUUUGUGGUCAUCAAAUGUGACCACAUUGACAGAGUCCUACGACUUCAUUGAACUUUGGGCAGGGAAGGCAAUGGCUGUGCCUCAUACUGAUCCUCGUAGAGGCACUCAGUGGAUGCUGGGUGGUGGAGCAGCCUCAUCAAUCGCAUGGGCAGCGCGCUGGUGGAUGGCCCACUACAAAGGGGGUACGCCUAAGCGACAUAUCGCUUGGAGCAACAGCUCGGAGAUCCGAUGGUUGGAUUCGGGGAAACUCCAUAAAUUUGACUACAAGGCGGCGGAAUAUGUUGCAAAAAGAACUGCCAAGGUAACCAUUAACAAGGAUGGUAAAAAACAGUUCACGGGCCGAAAGGCUCAGCUGAAGGACAGUCAGCACUACCCAUACCGCUUUGGGCUUCGCAUGCUGAGCUUAUCCUUCCCGGUUUCCCAGUGCCCAUCGCUGACCAUGUCGAACAUCCGCAGCUGUGGGUCACUGUCCUCUGGCAACGACAAACUCUUGAGGGUCAAGGCUGAGCAGCUGUCCAAGGACGAACGCAUGAAAGAGAUUGCAGCCAAAAGACAGGCUAUGGAGCAAGAACUCGCAAAUUUGGAGAAAGAGAGCAUGGCAGUGGACCAGGAAGAAGAUGAAACGCAACCUGCUACUGAGGAAGAGUUGAAGGCUUCCAAACGGUCACCUCCGGGUUCCACCAAGACUACUCCAGUGAAGUCUCUCUCAGCCCCGAAAAGACAUCGCUCAGAGGGUGGCCUGGCUGAGAAGCCAUCGCCUGCAAUGGAAGUUGGUCCAAGUGGGGAUGGUGGAAGUGGUGCGACCAGCCAGGAGCCCACUGUGAAGUCUCUCCAAAACCAGUUGGAUGAUGCGAUGAAGUUGAUUGAGAACCUGAAGAUUGCCCAAAUGAAGGCCACCCCGGCUCCAUCAUCUGCAGCCAGAGGCAAACCUGGUACCCCAUCUUCAGCUGCGGGUACCCCAUCUUCAGCUGCGAAGACUACCCCAGGAGCCAGUGCCAAGAAGACUCCCGCCAGUGCUUCUGCGACUCCACAGAGCUCUUUAUCAAAGAGCUCUGUGGAGUCUCCGGGGUCUAAGGCCGCAGAGGAGGAUCUCGAAGAGAAGGAGAACAAAGAGGCCCUGGCACGCUACAAGAUGGUGGAUGCACGUCUCAGAAGGCUUUGCGAGAAGAAGCCGUCAGGUAAGGUGCAAGUGCCAGACAGCAUCCACCAACAAUGGCUUCAGGUUGGAAAACCCCGCGACGAACUGCGCCAACUACUCGAACUUUACGAGUUUGACAAAGACAAGUUCAUCCACCGGGUCACGAAGAUGAUUGAGCUGCGAAAGGAAGAUGCACAGGAGGUGCUGAAGGGAUGGUUCACAGUUGACAUGAUGAAGACUGAGCUCAAAUGGUCUUCGAGUUAUAUCAAAGACGUUGUGACCUAUUGCAAGAAGCAUGGCUUGGUAAAGAACGACAAGUACAGCACCAAGAUCUUCAAGUACUUUGUCGGGUACAGCGACAAAGAGUCGACCAAGCGUGUCAAAACUGAGACUGAGCAGCAAUCUUCUACUGGUGAGGCCAAUGCGGGAGUUGAACUCUCUGGCGACUGGUUGCAGCCCACCUUGGAGCAGGAUGCCGAAGGUGGCGAUGGAGGCAAUGUGUUGUCUCCUGAGCAGGAAGAAUUGGAGACUGAGCAGAAGUUCACUGAUGGCAUGCUGACAAAGAUGUCGAAGAUUACGGACUUGAUCUCCAAGCUUGACAGUUUCAGUGCGGGUGAGGACUCUGCCCGUGUCAAGAAGUCGGUCGAGGCCUUGGAAACGAAGUUGGCUGCAGCUCAGGGAGCCUAUGACUCGUUUGUGGCUGCCAAAACGGCAUUGGAGACAAUGACCAGGACCAAGGAGAACACGGUUGACCUGAAGAAGCACAUGCGGGAUGCUAUGCAGAAGGCUGCAGCGCUCUCUUCCAUCGAAGUUCAAGCGAAGGCAUUGGAGAAAUCCCUGAAGAAGAAAAAGAAGGAUGCUGCUGCCCAGAACCUGAAUUGCAUGGGUUCGCUCGAAUGGUUGGAAAUGGCGUGGGGCUUCCCAGCUGGACAGGUCGCAUGCAGCGAUGUCAUCAGACAGGCCAGGGUGACAAGGGUGAGUUCCAAGGGAAUGAAAAAGCUUGCCAGAGUGAGCUUGAAACGAAGUGAAUCUGGCACCCACAGUGUCUUUAGAAAAUUUGGGCAAAGCCUGGAUGUCAAGAUUUCGCGAACUGACCUGGUAUCCAAGCCGAACUUUCCUUAUGUGAAAUUCUCAGAUUGGCUGAAGCAUGUCGUCGAGACGGACAACUUGCAACAGUUGGUUGGUGUGAAGAAUGUUGCUGACAUGAGGACAAUUCUCUCCACCUUCUGGGGUCGGUAUGAAUCCCUUUUCCCAGAGCACGUGGUUUUCAGUCGGCGUGACCCUGGAUUCUCAAGGGAAUUUUGUAUUCCUGUGUUGUACCAUGGAGAUGAGAGAAGGGGGUUAAAGAAACGUCAACUGAUGGUUCUGAGUACUCACGGUGUGUUGGGUGCUGGGUCUACCUACAGCAAUGCCAUGCAGAACGACAUUGAUGACCCUGUUCUUGGCCCGCUGCGGUUGAAUAUGGUGGGAAACACCUUUUUGAACCACUUUCUGCAAUGUGUUCUCCCCAUAACCUUGUACAACGAGACGCCUGAGGACUUCUAUUCUAUGUUAGAUUUGCAGGCCCAGGAGUUUGCACAGCUAUUCCAACAUGGUUUGAAAGUUUGCGGACACAGGUUUUUCAUUUGCUGUAUUGGAGUGAAGGGGGAUGCACCUUUUUUGAGCAAGAGUGGUAUGUUCGAAAGGCAUUUCCUGAGGCGUCCUACACGUCCUACGGGUCGUGUUCCCUGUGCUGGGGUUUGCCACCUCUGUUUGGCAGGGAAGGAAAGUGCACCAAACCAGUGUGAUUGGCCCUUUGAAGAAUUUGGUGCCAUCAAUCCAUUGUGGCGUGAAACAAUGGGAGUGGAAAGUCCAUACUCCACACCAUCCCCACUGCUUCAAAUACCAUACGAAACAACUGGUACAAAUGAGGGACUGUGGAAAUUUGAUCUUUUUCACAAUUUCCAUAGUGGCAUGGGCAAGUACUUUGCAAGCUCAGCAGUGUGUAUCGUUUUGGAGAUGAUCGACAACACAAUUGAUGGGGCUUUUGCAACCAUCACCGAAGACUUCAAGACGUUUUGUGUGCAUCAAAAGGAGUGCCCAUAUCACAAGAAACUUUCUGCAUCUCUUUUUGGCGUUCACGUUGGUUUUGGGGUUUGCCCUGAAGCUGCAUGGAGUAAGGGAAGUUUCACUUAUCUCGUUCUCAAGUGGCUGGGUGAUUGGUGCCAACGGAAUGUCAUUGGAAAGACCCAGGAUGACUUGUAUCUGAUGACGGCCAGAGCCACCUUUGCCAUCAAUGACGCCAUUGGGGGACUUUACCGUGAAGGGCUUUUCAUCAAAGCAGAUGAUGCCAGGGUGAUUUCUCUGAAGGGCGGGAAAGGCCGCGGCUAUGAUGAUUUCCAGGGCGGAAAAGGUGGUGGUCACAGCAGUGUCUACGGCCCCAUCGGCGGCAGCGGCAACUAUCCCAACUACGGCGGCGGUGGCUGGGGAGGCGGCCCGAGCCAGCCCACGCGACGCAACACCAAUCUGCUGCCCAACGACCUGUCGAAGGUGGAGUCGGCCAUUUUGGAGUUGAACGACCAGGACCUUUGGUCGGGGCAAGAGAUCAACUGUGCCACGUUGUUGAGCCUUCGUUGUAUUGGUGAGGAAGACGCCAUGGAGUUCCUCCAGAAUCUUCAGGGAAAGGGCAGGAGCAAAGGGAGCAAAGGCAUUGGCAAUCUGAACAACUACAUCCAGGCCGCCGUUGCGAAGAUCGUCAAGGAGGGUGGCAACUCCAAUGGUGGCGAUCGUUUCUCCAAAGGUUCGGGGAAGAACUACACGGGAAAUCAGAGCAAACAGAAGGCUGAGGAGUUGGGUCUGUCGCUGCACGAGGCAACCUAUGAGAUCUUGGCGCGGAUGUCUUUGAGGAAGGCGACACGGCUCAUUGAGGAAGCGUCGCAGCAGCAGGAUGAAGAUGCCAAUGAGUAUAUCGAACGUGAGGCGCAACUGGACGAUGAGCCGCACUCGAAACGCGCGCGUGUGGGCUGA